AUGAACCGCUAUCGCAACGCCCCGGGCGUACGGGGUCCUUCAAAGGCAACCGCUACCACCUUGUGUCAAAAAUGCCUGAAACGAGAUAUCUAUGAGUGUACAGUGUCUGCCCAGGAGCGGCCCUAUGCAUCCCGCCCCUCUCGUACACAGCAACUGCUAAAUCCGAAUUUGAGGCCACAGCUUUCAACAGAGGUCCCGAAUGACCUCCUGCGCACAAAAGGCUUGGCUGAUGAGCUGUUGACUAAACGGGAGGAAGAGCGUGGUCGUAAGAGAGACUUGGAUGAAUUCGAUCCCCUCGAGACCGAAGGACAAACGUCAAAAGAGCUCGAUCAGUAUCGUCACAUUCUACAAACUCUGUAUCUACAAUAUCCACAAGUCGCUCACGUUCCGAGUCCCCGCCUCGUCAUUCAGGCUACACUGCACCAAGUGGCCGUGAGCGGACUUCGUCAACGCCCUCUCGUCCCUCAAGGUCAAGAAAGAGGAGAUACAGUGACUCGUCAUCCGGCUACACAGGCUCUUCUCAGUCGUCAGAAAAAGGGACUCGUUCACAGUCGCGCGACUGGCCGGAUGAUAGGAAUACUAGACGAAGGCACCGAGUAUCCAGUCCAGGGCAACGUGGCCGCGCGACGAACGUAUCCCGGGACGGAGGUCGCAGAGGACGAAGUCGGAGUUGGAGUGUAG